UUCGGUAGUGCUACGUGCCCCGCAAGUCCGCGAGCGUGACAUGCCGGCCAACUGCGUCGCUUUCGGCUGCACGAGCUAUUAUUAUGGAAGGGGAAAUACUAAUUUCUUCAGAUUUCCAUCUGCGAAGGUUAAUGCGGGAAGGAGAAGUUUGUGGACGGCAGCGGUGAAGCGGUUGAACCCGGACGGCACGGCGUGGCAGCCAACAGUGCAUUCCAGGAUCUGUGGCGCGCAUUUUGUCACAGGCCGGCCGUCGAAGUUCGCUACGCACCCAGACUACGUGCCUACUAUAUUUACGUACAGAAAAGCUGGCAGCGACGCCGAUGUUCGGCGGCACAACCGUGCCUCACAAAGGCGGGAGAGCAAACGGGCUGCUACUAUAGCCUCCCUAAACAGCCAAGUGGACCCCACGGCUCUACCAGGGAACGGACAGCCUGCUGCAGUCAUUCAGGAAGCUGAGCUGCCCAUUGACCCCUCUGGAAGCACAGCUGCACCCACAGAGGAUAUGCCUGAGCAGGAACCACUAGGAAAUGGUGACAUGCAAAUGAAUCUUACUGGGCAAGGCACCGCUCCUGUGACAUUGCAAACAUCAGUGAUUGGUUCCCAGGCAAGCACCAGCUACCCAAGUGCUUCAACGAGCAGUGAUGCACAGAGAGAAAGAGCAUGGCUCCACCAAAAAAUUGCUUCUUUAGAAAGAAAGAAUAUUAGGCUUGAAAUGAAGCUUGACGAAGCGAAUUCUAGAAUCCUGACUUUAAAUGUCAUAAAACUCUCGGCUAAGAAGAGCCCACUGCUCUAG